AUGAAUCUGCGUUCUGUGUUUACUGUAGAACAACAAAGGAUACUACAGCGUUACUAUGAGAAUGGAAUGACAAAUCAAAGUAAAAAUUGCUUUCAGCUCAUACUCCAGUGUGCACAAGAAACUAAACUGGACUUCAGUGUAGUCAGGACGUGGGUUGGCAAUAAACGGCGGAAGAUGAGCAGCAAGAGUGCUCUGGAGUCUGGAGGAACUCCUCCAGGGACUGCCCCUGCCACUCCCUCAAUGCCCCCAGAAGCAGCAGUGAGGAACAUGGUAAAUAUUGCUCGAUCCCAAAGCCAGCAAUCCUCCUGGACCUCUUCGAACAACGAUGUGAUACUGACUGGUAUUUACAGCCCUGCCAGUUCCUCUGGCAGGCAGGGAUCCACCAAACACACCAGUGCUUCAGUGGCAGAGAUACACAGAACCUCUCUUCCAAGGUUACCAGGGAAGAAUGACACAGAGUUCCAGCAGCAGCACAUCCCUCUUGGACGACAAGUCCCACACUGUAAAAAUGCCUCCCUGUUAGUAGGGGAAAAGACCAUUAUUUUAUCCAGGCAGACAAGCGUGCUGAAUUCUGCAAACUCCAUCUACAGCCACACAAAGAAAAGCUACGGUGGCUCCUCAGUGCAGACUGCAGAGCUGGUGUUACCUCAGAAACCCAUGAUAUGCCACAGGCCCUGUAAGGCUGAGCCUGUGGCAUGUCAGAGGUUACAGAAACCAGAGCAUUCCACUCUGGCAUCGCACGUGCCCCCUGGGCACAGGGCUCACCCCAGAGACCCUCCCUGCGGCACACAGAACCUGGAGAUCCGGGAGGUCUUCUCCCUGGCCGUCACAGAUCAGCCCCAAAGACUUGUGGGAGGCAGCACAACGCAGAAGCAUCCCUCCUUGGAAGGCAGCUGCCUGUCCAUCGCCAUGGAGACGGGGGACAUGGAGGAUGAGUACGCCAGGGAGGAAGAGUUAGCAUCCAUAGGAGCACAAAUGCAAAGCUAUUCGAGAUACUGUGAGAGCAGCAGUUCUGUUCGAGUGGAGAACCAAAGCACAGCCUUGUCUGGGCCAGGCCGAAGUGGGAGCUGUGGGGCACAGGUGGGGAAUGCCAGGGAUGUGCCUGACAACAUUCUCUACCACAGCAGAGACUACCACCUGCCUGCACGGACCUCAUUGCACACAACAGCCAGUACUUUGUAUAGCAGUGCUAAUGCAGCAAGAAGUACCUUUUCUCCUCAUUUUAUGUCUUCAAGUCAACUGAGGCUGUCACAAAACCAAAAUAAUUACCAGAUUUCAGGAAACCUUGCUGUGCCUUGGAUUACAGGUUGUUCCAGAAAAAGAGCA